AGUUGUAAUAUUUAUAAUGGCGCAUACUUAUAAAGUAAAAUACUUUAACUUUACCGCAAGGGGUGAACCGAUUCGAAUGCUUUUAAGCUAUGGAGAAAUUCCAUUCGAAGACGAACGUAUUUCCAGGGAAGACUGGCCUAAAAUAAAACCAUCUACUCCUCUUGGACAGCUUCCAGUGUUGGAAAUUGAUGGAAAACAAAUUCCUCAUAGUGUCUCCAUUUGUAGAUAUUUAGCUACAAUAGUGAAACUUGAUGGAAAAGAUGCUAAAGAAAAUCUAAGAAUUGAUGUUGCAGUGGAAACCCUUCUAGAUUUGCAAAAACUUGCAUUUGAAUGUGUGAUGGAAUCCGAUGCUGCCAAGAAAGAUGAGAAAAAUAAAAAACUUAAAGAAUCUGUACCACUCUACCUUGGAAAAUUAGAGGAACAUGCAAAUAAGAAUGGUGGCUAUAUCGCUCUUGAUAGGUUGUCAUGGGCUGAUAUCAUAUUCAUUUGUAUCUACGAAGGACUGAUGAAUAUCCUGGGAAAGAAUACCUUUGACUCUUAUCCUAGUCUACAAAAAAUAAAAAAAAACGUACUAGACGUUAAAGGUAUCAGAAACUGGAUCAAAAACAGACCCGAAACACCUUCUAGCAUGGGACCUUUGAAAUUCGAAUAUGACUUAAAACAAGAAGUUUAAGUGUGAUUACUAUUAUACAUUGUAAAUAUAUUAUAUAAUGAUUAUAUUUUGUUAAAAAUAAAAAUAGAUAAGCACA